AAUUUCGUUCAGUCAGUCGUCUCGCGCACGUCUGCCAUCCAAGAGGAGCAAAUAGCAUGGGGGGCGAUCCUCAUCACACUUCACAGCGACAGGCUCGCUCGAAUCGUGCGAACGAGGAGAAGGAUGAAGGGCCGUCCAUGCAGCAGAUCAAUGAGGAGUUCGUGACUCUCUACGAACUCCUGGAGAAACAGGGACUGAACGAGAGCGAAUGGGUGGCCGUGACGCAGCCCAUCGUCGACGUGGUCCGCAAGGCCAAGGUCCGGCAGCGGGCGGCGAGGAUGGCCAAGUGGGUCUCCGUCUGCGCCGGCCUCCUGCUGGCCAUGCACCUCCUGCUGCAGAUUUCGUUGGUGCAGAAGGCCGGUCACGUCCUCUUCAGGCACUUCCUGCUGAUGAUCCUGCCUCGCUGGGACUGGACUCGCGUCUACUACUCCGACUGCUUCAUCUCCAACCCGUACUACGUGAGCCGGUCGCUGCUGGAGGAUGACUGCAAUGUGUGCGAAUCCCUGGAGAAGAUGGACCGGCUGUCGAACGUGUCGUCUUGGGUCGUCACGGAGGACUACCUAAAGAAUGACGUCCCCUUCUUGGUCACCGACGCCAUGGACGACUGGCCCGUCAUGAACACGGAGGAGUUCUGGUUCGACAACGUCACGGAGAUGUACCUGAGCGAGGACCUGCGCGGCGUGUACCCCUGCGAGCUCACGUCCAACCUCCGCCUCCGGCCGGACGACCUGCGGACCUUCCUCAAGAAGAUACACAAUCCCGACGUCCGGAGGUGGUACGGCCAUUGGGAGAACUGCAACAAGAAGGCAGCCAAGGUCCUGCGCCAGCUGUAUCGGCGCCCGUACUUCAUUCCGCACAUGGUCGACCUGUCGGACUCGAACUGGGUCCUCAUAUCGUCGGACUUCAAGGGGAAGGUUUACAAGGAGGUGGACUUCCACACGGAGCUCUUGUGGGUGGCGCAGGUGCGAGGCUGGAGCAAGAUUCGUCUCGUGCCCCGAGAACCAUGCGACCACUUCUGCCCCGAGCUGUUGGACACGCUGACCGAGGGGCAUAUGGUUGUGGUAACAAACCUAUUAUGGAAAUUCGAAUACAUCCCCGGAGAACACACGGAUAACAUGGCCGUCGCAGUGGGAGGAUUUUGGACCUAGAGCCCCGUCGGCCGCUGCAGAAAAGCGCGGGUCAAGAAUCCCCCGCGUGGAUUUCCUUAGCCAUAGAAAAUUGAAUCAAGAUAGGACUGAUGUCUUGCGA